AUGUGCUUUUACAACCAGAAGCGAUUCUCCUGUGGCGACUGGAGCUGGACUAGCUUCGCCCACCGCUGCAAUUACGAGUACCGAACAGGCGAAACCUGCGGAAUGAGACUCGUCAACAUGACCGAGAAUGAAGCGAGCAAGUGCCGGCUCUGUGAGAAAAUUGAGACCAAGUUUCGGCGGCGUACCGCCGAGCUCGACCGACUUGACAGGUGGAAACGUGAGGGGGCCACUUUGGUUGCCUCCAUGGACCGGUCUCAAACUUUGAUCAAGGAGCUGGACAAAGAAAUUUACAUGUUGCAACGGGAACGGGAGGACAAGCGCAACACCCUCCUAAGAUAG